AUUGUGAAAGUGCCUAGAGACGAAGACGCUGCUGCUAGCUACUGCUGCUAUGCUAGCGGUAUACCUAUGCUAGCUUGCUGAGCCGUGUUACCCAAACUGGAAGAAAAAUCACUCAAUUCUCUUCGAAUGAAAAAAUGGCUGAUGGAAGCAAACAUGGGAAAGACUUGGCUGAUUAUCUUGGGAGACACAGAAGACAACAGAAAUUAAGACAUGCAUCUCCUCAGAAGAGUGCUCAAGGAUCAAAAGAUGCAAAUGAGAUGCCUCCUCUUGAAAAACUACAACUCCAAGACAGAAAACCUUCCUCCUCCUCCUCCUCCCCAUCAAGAGGAGGAACAAGGAGACCUGUGACUGAUUCAUCUUCUCAAUCUUCAGUCAAGAGGGGCGCGUCUGCCCCAGUCCCAGUUGGAGGGAGGGGCAGGGGGCAAGUAGGAAGACUUGGCGGCAAACCCAAUGUACAGCCAGUCAGGAAUUUCAAAAGGAAGGCUACUAUGGAUGACCUGCCAACAGAAGUUAUAUUACACAUAUUCAGCUUCCUCCCACCAAGUGACCUCUUGACCUGUGUAUGUGUCAAUCGACAGUGGAUGGAGUUUGCUAGUGAUAAUGUACUUUGGCAGCCACUCUAUCAACGCUAUGCAACUCGGCCAUCGGGCAAGGCAUCAUCAACAACAAAGACCAAACCCAAUCCUGUGUAUUCACUGCAUGCUGACAGCAAGUGGAAGAAAGCUUGCAUGAAAGAAUGCAUCGAGAAAAGGAAUACACGGAUCUCAAAUAUACUCAAGAAAAAACACCCGUUCUCCUUACUCCCUGCAAACACAGAGAUAGCCAUUAAAAAGCUUGGUAUCCGAUGGCAGCUGGUCUUGACGGACUCCAACAAGACCGAAUACUGCUUCAACCAUUCCGAUGCAUUCCACUUCCCCACGUCAUCCUCUGUAAGAUGGUACAGCCUUGACCCUCCUCCCGUGACCUCGCUCAGAUGCCUGGCCAUCUACGCACAGGCACCGAUAUUCUUCAACAAAGAUGGGUUGGCAGCUGAUAAUAGUCCGUGUCAACGUGCUCUACUUCUAGAGCAAAGAAUCAAACCAAGUGACCUAACCAAAAAGCCGACCAUUAAGAGUGAUGCUGUCAAUGUGUGUACUAUGGAUGGUGGGAUCAUAUUAGCUACAUGGAAGGAAGGAGGAGAGAUUGCCUUUGUUUCUCUAUGUCUUCACCAUCAUGGUAUCGUACAACGGGCGGUCUAUGGAACCUCAGAUAGAAUGUACAUCCCUCCAGCUAUCAAACCUAGGCCUGAUGACAUAGAUUCUGAGUAUGGCUUACAUGAUUAUACCUGUAUCAUGGAAUUAAGAAACCAGAGGAAUUCUUUCUGGAGUCAACAGUUCUUGAGGCUACAUGCAAAUAAACAAGAACAAGUUGAUGGCUUCAUCAGAUUUAGCCCUGUGAGAGCGGAUGUUGUGACCGAUCAUUCGUAUACCACCAAGAAGAUACAGUUCCCAUGGAAAACAGAUGUAUUCAAAGGAAUUAUAAAGGAUUUUGCUGUUCUUGAUUGUACAAUCUUUGAUGAAUUUCAGCAACCCAUGUGGUGUAUAAGUUCCCCUGUCGUCAUAUUGCCUGAUGAAAAUGCACCAGUUACUAUGGAUUAUGAGGGUGAACCAUAUAUAAUCAGUCAUUCAGCCCAUAAGGGUCAAAUUGAGAUCCGUAUGUUCUGGAUCCCUGAUCGUGAGCAGCACAUCGUAGUAGCUGUCAACAUUGAUAUGUCUGUCAAGACAAUCAAUGAUUGGUUUGGAACUCGGUACUGACAGCAUUCUACUGCAGUACUCCGCCCUGGUACUCCUCCUUUGGGAUACAUCCGGGCACAUUCUAGGUCUGUCCAGCCUUGUCUGCACGACUGUGCCAGAGCCAGCCAGAGUGCAUCCACAAAUUGCUCAGAUACCAGAUUCACACAACGUCAUGUUGUCAGCUGGUCUACACUUGUGUCUACUUAUCAUGUGGUCUCACCCCGGAUGGCCUGAUCCUAUUGUGUGAAACUGUGUAUACGGCAAAGUCAUGGACAGGACUUAAAUCUCAGGGAAAUGCCCACCUUGACGGGAUCAAACUCCUUCAAGAAGGGCAUGAUGGGUGUCAGUAGCCCCUCCACACUCUCCGCCUCCAGAGCAGUCCUGAGGAAACAUGCCUAGAAGAGGCACCCCCUGGAUGGCAACUCAUACAGUAUCCAAGAAAAGUGGGUAUAUAUAUCCCAUAAAAACAUUUGAAACCUCUUGGAAUUACAUCACACACACACAGUGCUUUAUUGGGCUUUAUUGUUAAUACUGGCCAUUGUUUGAUAUGAGUAGAGGCUCAAAAUGAUAUCCAACAGAUCAAUUUCAGAAUUACUAUGGAUACUUAAGGAAAUGAUUGUGACAAGAGUGAGUACACCUUGUGUUACAUGUAUAUCUCCAUUGAAAUUUGAUCAAAUCAGGAGUAUAGUUUGUGUCAUCACUAACAUAUCUGACAUGGCAGUAACAUUCUAGGCAGAAAAUAUGGGUGUUCCAUGAAAGCAAAUGCUCAUCUGACAAGUUGACUGGGAGAGAUACUUGGUUUCAAUGAUGCCUUCUUACACACCUCAAGCACACCGCUUGUUAUGAAUACAACAUGGCCAUCCUAGAUGUCACCAACAAGGGGUGAAAUGAAAUUCAAAGAAUUCCAGGAUACAAAAUAAGGUUGCACCUCACCAGCAAAAAAUGCCAACAUACUGGAUAUUUAUGCUUGGAAUAUACAAAUGACCAGGUGGGUGUUUCAUAAAGCUGUUCGUAAAGUUGCGAAUGACUUUACGCACGACUGGAAUAUGUUCUUAGGUCAUAAAUCAAUUACAUAGGGAUAUCACAUACCACAAGAAAGGAUCACCAGUCGUGCCUAAAGUCAUUUGUAUCUCAUGAACAGCUUUAUGAAACACCCACCAGGACAGGUCCUGAUAUGAUCAUAUCUCAUUGCCAAUACAACACAGGAUGUAAUGUACUCACUAUCAUUGCUACCAUUUUGUCACAUAUCGUCGAUACAUUUUAUGGUAUUUAGAAUGUGAAUUAAUUGAUACUUCGUGCCUCUUUUGAUAUUUACAUCAUGUCCAUUCUUCAUUUUCUAUGAAGCUUGCAAUUUAAAACCAGCGAUGUGAAGAGGUACAUUGAUAUGUAACAUUUUUUGCAUGAGUUGUACUCACUUUUGUUGGAUACUGUGACAUCGGCUGGAAAUAAUGAUAAUAAUAAUAAUAGCUAGUUUUUAUAAAGAUUUUCUAAUAUUCGGCUCAAAGUGCUUUCCAGCAUAUUAUUACUCUUAUUGAUAAAGAGUUAUGCAAUAUUUAUUGUAUUCAUGAACAGAGAGAGAAUAUUUAUUGUAUUCAUGAACAGAGAGAGAGAAUCCAAUGAAUGGAGUGCAAUAAAUUUGGUAUUUAUUUCAGUUAAAUCAAAAGAACCGAGAUUGAUAUAGUAUUUGUUUUAUAGGGAUACUCCAAGCUGGAAAUAAUGAAAGUAUAGUAUAUUAAUGUGCACUAUUUCAGUUAUUCUAUGAAUGGGGGGGGGGGGGCUUAUGUGGUAUCUUCUUAGAUCUUCUCUUUUGACCAUGCAAUCAUGAAAAAAAACAGCAUACACAUCACCCACAACGUAAUUGGUUGAAAUUUAUCAUAAUGUAUACAUAAAAUCGGAAUCUGGCUGUAAAUGUUUAGAUAUCAAUCCAUUUUGUUGUGGAAUGUCACUUACGAUUCUAAAUUUAGUUUGAAAUUGGCAGUAUUAAAAUCUUGUGCGUUUCAUGGUUUUUAAAGCGUUUUUUUUCAUUGACAAUUUUUUGGUUUUUAUUAAUUUUCAGUGGAUAUUAUGUCUUCAGAUCUGCGUCUUUAUUAUUAAUGGCAGUAUUUCAAUUUCAAGUGAUACUCAUUUGUUAACCAAUUAGGAUGAAAAUAAUGGUACAUCUAUAAAUUUUGGAUAGAUUUAGAAUUAUUAUGGGAAUUCUAUCUCUCAUUUCCCCUUCCUUUUCUGUCUUCUGUCCCUUCUAUUUCCCUCUCCUUUUAUUAUACAUCUCACUUUUCAUUUGAAAAAAAAUUGUUUUGACAAUGUGCAAGAUAUUCAAAGAACGAUCUAGACUCGACAUAUGCAAAUGCGUUUUUAGUAAUAGGGUAGUGAAUGACCGUCUGGAAUAGCCUCCCCCAAGAAGUUAUUGACUCAGGCUCCAUCGAUGUAUUUAAAUUAAGACUUUAAGUUUUGGUGGUCUGAGCGUUUCAAUCUCCAAUGAUCAAAACCGUCUCUACCCUCCACGUGUGCAAGUUUUUGCUCUUGUAUAAUAACACAUUGCAUGGAGAUGGAGGACUGUAAUUUCAGAUGAAGAGAUCGAGGUCAACAGGAUUACCUCACCUCGUAACAGUGGGAUGGUGUCUCGUAUCAUUCUGAACACUUGUAAGAAGUUGGGCAAUUCCAUAGGUUGGUGGACAUGAGCUCAAUGUGUCUUUGUACAUAUAGCCCAUCUGAACCGUAACGUGAGUAACCACUUUAUCUGCACCCCUUGUAAAAACCAUGUGUUCUUUAUUUUUUUAAUUAUAUACAAAUUUGUCUCCCUAAUAUACUUCUUUGAAAUGGAUAUAAUCAACUUUCAUAAAAGCCUUGCAUGAGGACACUUUUCACUUAUGUCCACUUUUCAUUUUAUGCAUGUCCAAAUCAUGUAACAUGAGUAACCGACACAUUUCAAAGAUUUGCCAGGAGCAUAACGAAAUUUCCCAAGUUUUGUUUUCAUACAAAGGAUAGUCAGACUGCGUACUAUGUUGUGAUAAAGAGAUGUUUAGUUCCUAUCAAUAAUAAUGGAGUUACAGCUCCAAGUAUGAGUCAAGGUGUCUCCAAAUGUAACGUGAGUAACCGUGGAAUAGCCCAGUUGCUUUUCUUCAUUGUGCUAUGUAUAAGUUCUUAAGGGUACUUCUAAUAUUACGCUAAAUAUCAGAAUACUGGUUUAAGAGACAAAACAAAUGGAUACAAUAUCCUUGGAAAUAGGUUUAGUCUUAAAGUUCCAAUUUAAUUUUUUAUAAAUAGCACAGAUCCUGUCACUGACAUAGAACUUGCAGAGUAAACCUGCAAAUCAUAGAAAAUAAUGAAUACCAUCAAAUUUAGAACCGUAGAAUCAAAGUCACAUUUUGUCCAUGGAUUGAAGAAAUUUGAAAACUUUUUGGAAAAUAUCAAUUAUUGCCAUUUAAAGAUCCACCACAACAAAAUGUUGAGUUGAUUAAAAACAAAUAAAAAAAUCAGAUGUACAAGUAAAAAGUCAUGACAUUUGUUAUUAUUGGUAGCAGGCAAAUGAAGAAAUUUUGAUGUCAAACACUAUCUUUUGUAUACAUGUAUGUCAUAACAAAAAUAAUUGAUAUCCCAUAAAUUUCCCUUAAUACAGAUAUGUUCUUGUUCUAUCAAUAAAAACAAACAGUACUACUC